UUCGGCUCGCUCGCUUCCUCGCAGGAUCGAGACAAGGCGUACGUGGGCUUUGCUACUUUACCCAAUCAGGUUCAUCGGAAAUCUGUCAAGAAGGGUUUCGAUUUCACCCUGAUGGUGUCAGGGGAAUCUGGCCUCGGGAAAUCCACUCUAGUGGACAGCCUGUUCCUGACCAAUCUGUAUAAAGACCGGACCAUCAGGAACGCUGACGAGCGUAUCACAAAAACGCUGGAAAUUACGAAGCACGCGGUCGACAUCGAGGAGAGAGGGGUCCGGGUGAAACUGACCAUCGUGGACACACCAGGGUUCGGAGACGCUAUCGACAAUACCGAUUGUUGGAAGCCAAUCGUCAAUUACAUAGACGAACAAUUUGAGCAUUACUUCCGGGAUGAGAAUGGCCUGAACCGCAAGAACAUUCAGGACAACCGGGUGCACUGUCUCCUGUACUUCAUCUCGCCUCUGGGCCACGGGAUUCGACCCCUCGACGUGGAGUUUAUGAAAGCAGUUCACGAGAAAGUGAACAUCGUCCCCGUUAUCGCCAAAGCCGACACCCUGACCCCGGCAGAGGUGGCACAGACAAAGCAGAAGAUCCGGGAUGAGAUAGAGCAGCACGAUAUCAACAUUUACCAGUUCCCUGACUGUGAGUCAGAUGAGGACGACGAUUUCAAACAACAGUACAAUCAGCUGAAGAACAGUGUCCCGUUCGCAGUCAUCGGGAGUAACACCCUGAUUCAGAAGAAGGGCAAGGAGGUCCGCGGGAGGACCUACCCCUGGGGGGUAGUUGAGGUGGAGGACCCCACACACUGCGAAUUUCUGAAGCUUAGGAACAUGCUGAUCCAAACACACAUGCAGGAUCUCAAGGACGUCACGCAGGAAGUGCACUAUGAAAAUUACAGAGCCCAGUGCAUCCAGACGAUGACCAGGAUCGGAGCGAAGGAUCGCACUCGCACGAAAAUUUCACGCCAGAGCAUGUCUGAGCUGUCGCUGCCCAUGCUGCCUCUCGCUGAGACAGAGAAGCUGAUCCGCGAGAAGGAUGAAGAGUUACGGAGAAUGCAGGAGAUGCUGGAGAAAAUGCAGCAGCAGAUACAACAGACUCAGGGAGAGCAGUCAGACACUCUCUGAGGAAGAUGUGUCGAGCAUUUCGCACCGAUUCCCAGGUUCGGGAAUUGCCAUUCCCAGCGCAGACCUAUGUCUGCCCUGUGUUACUGACUGUAUCCCUACUGAUGUUAAUCCCUCUCCCUCACACUGUCACUCAGUAACCCCUCUCCCCCCAGAGCCCUGUGUUACUGACUGUAUCCCUACUGAUGUUAAUCCCUCUCCCUCACACUGUCACUCAGUAACCCCUCUCCCCCCCCAGCGC